AUGCCUAAACAAUUUGUACACACCACUUCAGAAAGAAGGUCCUCGGUGAUAUAUUCCACUAGUAUUGGUAAGGGAGGACUCUUCGUUCCUUCCGAUUAUAUCCCUACAGAGUCAAUGAUAGGAAGUGAGGAUACCACUGAUGAUAGUAACCAAGAAGACCAACAUUUCAUCAGACAAGAUGAAGAAGAAAUAACAGAGUAUCAAUCGUUGUUACCAGAAAACGCGCCCUCCGCUUCAGAAUCUCAAUUACAAACAGAUUACGGUACCACUGAAAAUGAGCAUCCAAAGCGAAUUUCGUUAGAACGUCGAAACUCAUUACCCCUACUAGAAGAAGAGAGAGAAUUAUUGAUAGAUAAUAAAUUGUUAAAUAGAAAAGAUGAUACCGAAGUCUUACAUCCUGAUAACGCUUCCCUCGAAAGUAUAAUAGAAUCAUCAAAUGAUAUCAUGAACACAUGGAACAAUGCAAUUCAAUCAGGUAAGGAAAUAAAAACAUCAUACAAAAGAGAAUGUAAAGUUAUAGCCCUUAAUGCUCUCCCAUUAAUCUUUACAUUUAUCUUACAAAAUUCAUUAUCGUUAGCAUCAAUCUUCUCUGUGUCCCAUUUAGGUACCAAAGAAUUAGGUGGUGUAACAUUAGGUUCUAUGACAGCAAAUAUCACUGGUUUAGCGGCCAUACAAGGCCUCUGUACGUGCUUAGACACAUUAUGUUCACAAGCAUAUGGUGCUAACAAUUAUCAUUUAGUCGGUGUAUUAGUUCAAAGAUGUGCAGUUAUUACCAUUCUUGCAUUCUUACCAAUCAUGUAUAUUUGGUUUAGUUGGUCAGAAAUAAUAUUAUCAUGGAUGAUACCGGAGAGAGAAUUAUGUAAAUUGGCUGCAAAUUAUCUUAAAGUUACUGCAUUUGGUGUACCAGGGUUUAUCCUUUUCGAAUGUGGGAAACGUUUCUUACAAUGUCAAGGGAUAUUUCAUGCAUCCACAAUUAUUUUGUUCGUUUGUGCUCCUCUAAAUGCAUUGAUGAAUUAUAUCCUUGUUUGGGAUAAGAGAAUUGGGAUCGGUUAUUUAGGAGCUCCCCUAUCAGUGGCAAUAAAUUACUGGUUAAUGACAUUAGGAUUAAUCAUAUAUACAACAACAACAACGAAUGAAGCCAAUCCUUUAAAAUGUUGGAAUGGAUUAAUUAAGAGACGUCAAGUAUUUAAAAAUUGGAAAAAAAUGUUCAAUUUAGCUUUACCUGGUAUAAUUAUGGUAGAAGCUGAAUUCCUAGGAUUCGAAAUUUUAACAAUUUUCUCAUCUCAUCUUGGUACCGCUCCCCUUGCUGCCCAAUCCAUCGUUUCCACCGUUGCAUCAUUGGCAUAUCAAGUCCCAUUCUCGAUUUCUGUUUCAACAAGUACAAGAGUAGCAAAUUUCAUUGGAGCUUCAUUGUAUAAGAGUUGUAUUACCACUUGCAAAAUGGCUUUAUUGUUAUCAUUCGUCUGUUCUUCAAUGAAUAUGUUUAUCAUAUUCGAAUUUAAAGAUAAAAUCGCUAAAUUAUUCUCUAAUGAAUCCGAUGUGGUGAUUUUAGUCGUUUCAACACUACCAAUCCUUGCUUGUAUGCAAGUAUUUGAUGCAUUUAAUGCAUCAACAGCUGGUUGUUUGCGUGGUCAAGGAAGACAGAAAAUUGGUGGAUAUAUUAAUUUGUUUGCAUUCUAUUGUGUUGGGAUACCGAUGGCAUAUUUGUUAGCUUUUAAAUUUAAUAUGGGUAUUUCUGGGCUAUGGUACGGUAUCACAUGCGCGUUAAUAAUGAUGAGUAUAUGUCAAGGUUAUGCCGUCUUCCAUUGUGAUUGGAAAAGCAUUAUUCAUGCUGCCAGAACAAGAAAUGCAGAAAAUACUAGGGUUUGA